CGGUGCUGCCGCCGCGGGGGCGGCCGGAGGCGCGUGGCUGGGGCGGUCGGUUGGUUGGUGGGUCGGAGGGAGAGCCACCCCACCACCGCUGGCGGGCCGCGAGCGGCGGCAGUCGGCGGUGUCUGUCGUCGGCGUGCGCAACGCGGUCCGCGAGCCGUCCCGCAGACACACACACACACACACACAGAAGAGAAAGAUCAGGCAGCCGCAGGAGAAAAGGAAGCUGGAGAGCAUGCGGCUCGUGCUGGCCGCCCUGGCCGCGCUGGCCGUGCAGGCGGCCGCCGAGCUGAGCGUGCAGCAGGCGCUCGCGCUCGUCAACACCGGACACCGCAUCUCUGAGGACAUCGACAUCGACCCUUGCAAGAAGAAGCGGAGAGACGAAGACAUCGCACUGCCGAACGUCCAGCAAGAUAUGCAGCUGGCCCUGCAGCGAGAGUGGGACCGGCAGCACACCAUUCCCGUCCACCCCCUGUCGCAUAAUCAGCACCACCCCCACAAACAACACCAACACAACCCCUCGAAUCACACGGAGGGCAAUAAGCGCCGCAAACACAGAAAUAAAUCGAAACGAAGGCACAAGGGCCGCCACAGGUCUGAGAAGAAGAGUGUGCAGAAGAGGGCGGCGACGGCGCGCAAGGACCGUAUCUGGGAGGACGGCGUCAUCCCGUACGACAUUGACACCAACUUCAGCGGCAGCCACAAGGCCCUCUUCAAGAUGGCCAUGCGCCACUGGGAGAACAUGACGUGCAUCAAGUUCGUCGAGCGCAACCCCAGCGACCACCCCAACUACAUCCUCUUCACCGAGAGACCCUGCGGGUGCUGUUCGUUUGUCGGGCGUCGAGGGAACGGUGUGCAGGCCAUUUCCAUCGGCAAAAACUGUGACAAGUUCGGCAUUGUGGUGCACGAGCUGGGUCACGUGGUUGGAUUUUGGCACGAACACACCCGACCUGACAGGGACAACCACGUGGCCAUCGUCAGGGAAAACAUCCAUGCUGGCCAAGAGUACAAUUUCAACAAGUUGACGUCUGAGGAGGUGAACUCCUUGGGUUUGAGCUACGACUACGACUCCAUCAUGCACUAUUCCAGAAACACAUUUUCCAAGGGCUCCUAUUUGGACACAAUCCUGCCUUUUGAGCAGCUGGCGUCGAAAAAGCGACCUGAGAUCGGACAGCGCAUCAAACUGAGUGACGGAGACAUAGCUCAAACCAAUUUGCUCUACAAGUGUCCAAAGUGCGGGAGGACGCUUCAAGACAGCUCAGGGUCAAUCCAAUCGCCCCAAUUCGGCACCCUGGAGCCGUCAGACCUGCCAGAAAAGUGCGAGUGGCGCAUCACAGCCACGCAUGGCGAGCGAAUUGUGCUGAACAUCACGGAAAUUGACGUGCCUGAAUCGGACGACUGCACCAGGGACUUCAUUGAGAUCAGGGAUGGCUACUGGCACAAGUCACCGCUCAUUGGCAAGUAUUGUGGCAGCCAGCCUCACCCAACGACGAUCAAGUCGUCGGGAAGCAGGAUGCUCGUCACCUACAGAACGUCGGGCAGACUCGGCGGACAGGGCUUCCAGGCGUAUUACGAAGCUGUCUGUGGUGGUGACUUCGAGAUGGACAAAGGACACCUAGAGUCUCCAAACUACCCGGAUGACUACCCUGCCCGUAAGGAGUGCGUGUGGCGCAUCACGGUCGAGGAAAACUAUCAAGUGGCGCUCAAGUUCCAGUCGUUUGAGACGGAAAAGCACGACAACUGCGUGUACGACUACCUGGAAGUACGCGACGGCCACUUUGAGAACGCGACGCUGCUGGGCAAAAUCUGCGGUCACGAGACGCCCUCAGAGAUGCUGUCCACCGGAAACAAGAUGUGGAUCAAGUUCGUCUCGGACUCGUCAAUUCAAAAGGGUGGCUUUUCCGCCAGCUUCAUGAAAGAGUUCGACGAGUGCGCGUCGGCCAACGGCCACGAUUGCGAGCAGGAAUGCGUCAACACCCUCGGAAGCUACUACUGCGCCUGCAAAAUAGGCUACGAGCUGCACUCGGACGGCAAGCACUGCAUCGACGCGUGCGGAGGCCUGUACGCCGUGGCCAACGGGACAAUUACCAGCCCCAGUUUUCCGGCCUUUUAUCCCGGCAACAAGCACUGCUUGUGGGAAAUUCACGCACCAACGCAAUAUAAAAUUACCCUCAACUUCACCUUCUUUGACCUGGAAGGAAACAACCAUGACUGUGAAUACGACAACGUUGAAGUGCAGAGCAUUCACUUGUACAACGUGGCCAGGACCCACGGUGUUUACUGCGGCUCGUCUUUGCCUGAAAUGAUCACUUCCGAGACAAAUAAAAUGCGCAUUGAAUUCUCAACCGAUAACUCGGUGCAGAAGACGGGUUUCGCGGCAGUUUUCUUCACAGACAUCGAUGAGUGCACGGAGCAAAACGGCGGGUGUCAGCACGAGUGCAAAAACACAGUGGGCUCAUACGAGUGCAGCUGCUACAACGGCUUUACGUUGCAUGAGGACAUGCACAGCUGUAAGGAAGGCGGCUGCAAACACGAGAUUGACGCUCCCAGCGGCAACAUCCACAGUCCAAACUACCCUGAGUACUACCCUAAUAAGAAGGACUGCGUGUGGAAAUUCUCCACCACACCUGGGCACAGAAUCAAGCUGGUCUUCAAAGAAUUCGAGUUGGAGUCGCACCAAGAGUGUACCUACGACAACAUCGCCUUCUACGACGGCCCUGGCGAAGACUCCCUCUCCCUUGGUCGGUUCUGCGGCUCCAAACUACCGCACCCCAUCGUAGCCAGCACAAAUGAACUCUACAUGGUGUUCAAAUCGGACGCCUCUGUCCAGAGAAAGGGAUUCUUGGCUGAGCACUCCACUGUGUGUGGAGGAAUUUUAACGGCGUCGAGCCAAGUACAGCACCUGUACUCGCACACCAAGUACGGCGACCAGGACUACGACAACGCGGCCGACUGCGAGUGGACCGUCCUUGCGCCCUCGGGACACGUAGUCCUCCUCAAAUUCAUCACUUUCCAGCUGGAGGCCGAGAACGAGUGCACCUACGACUGGGUGCAGGUCCUUAUUGGAGAAGAUAUGAGCCCUCUCACCGAUAAACUAUGCGGGGACCAAAAACCUCCCGACACGUACUCGAUGGGCGAGGAGCUGAUUCUGCGCUUCAGGACUGACGACUCGAUGGUGUCCAAGGGUUUCUCCGCCUCGUACCAAGCCGUCCGCGAUAGCUUCAUCGACUGAGCACUUCUUACAUUCAUUUCCGACUCUCACGACGUGGACGUGCAAAAGUCUCGAAUGCAACAAGAACGCUAGCUAUUCCGUCGUCGCGGGGCAGAAAACGCGAAAAGACUUUUUCUGUAUUCGAUGCCAGUUGCGAAAUAGUUGUGUUAUCAAAACACUAUUAAUAAUUAUUGUAAACGAAGAGGGAGGGUGUCGGAGAGCGCCAAAACUACUUAAAAGUUUAUUCGAGCCCUUUUUCUGUGCGCUGUGUGCAAGAGUGAUUGCGACUGCUGCAAUUUUUGGCCCGCGGAAUAUGAGAAUUUUUGUGUGUAAAAAGUCAGUCUUUCUCUCAAUAUAUCUGGCGCACAAUCAUUUCCUUCCGCCUUUGAAGAAAAAUGCAUCGUCAGGCAAAAAGUGAGUUCACCACGGCGUCUGAUGGAUCUUUUGUUUCUUGCGUUCCAGCUGUGUCGCCUUUUCACAAGAUGUAUGACUAAUUUGAACGUUUGUAAUUAUUUGGACUUGCAGAGUGGAAUUGGCGAAGGUAGAAUCGGAACUAUUAAUUGCUAAGCUUGGGAAUUUCAGUAUUUUUUUUUAAUUUCUACCAAAAAGGCAAUUAAUUUUUCGUUGACACUAAAAUACUUUGGAACAAGCUUUAAAAUUGUUUACAAAUUUUUAAUAUUCCUUUUGGCUGCUGGUUUAAUCUCAUAAUUUAGGUCUCAAAUAAAUUUAUUAAUACUUUUCAUAAUUAGUUUGAGAUUCUCAAGUGUACCGAUUUCACAUGCGAAUGUUCGCUACUUGGCAAUUAUUUCUAUAUUGCAUUUUUUUUCUCAACGACGAUGAAUGUGUUCACGUAUUUAAACGGUUUAAAGUCGACAUUUUCAGUGCCAUUACGGGAGAGGUAGAACUCUCUUCAACUGUGUUUGUAUAUCCGUAUAGUGGUACCAAAAAUUCGAGUACGCCGUAUAAUAGGCUUGUGUGUAGGAUGGGAAUUAACAAUUCUUCCUUUUGUACUGAUACACAUUCGAUUGAUUGCUACACGGAAUAACAAUGUACGCCAGCUCAGGCAUUGAUACGUUAGAUUGAAUUGAAAUAAAUACAACUUCUCAUGUGUUGUAAAUAAAAUUCGUCUUUUUGUUUAACACUC